UAAAUAUUUUUACUAUAUAUUUAUUACUCCCAAAGUAGUAUUAUUAUAGUUUUUACUAUCCUAAAUUAAACUUGCUAGCACAAGUUUAAUCUAGGACUCCGGAGCAAGUUCGUGUGGAUACGUUGGAGGCUUCAUACGUUUGGCGCUACGUUCAACUCCUCAAAACCAUCCCCGACCGUUCCUCCGUUCUCUGUUUUCACCAUUAAGACAUGCUUUUGGCCACAUUUCUGAAGGACGUGGUUCUGGACCCUAAUAACCAAACCCUCCUUGAUGAAGCUGAAGCUAAAAGGAAACGUGCUAACUUCCUCAUGGAUCCUGAACUGGCUUUCUAUCAACAAAAAGCUAAAUGUGACUUCAUUAUGAACUCUGAAAGAUGUACUAGCUAUUUCCACUCUAUUUUCAAGAAAAAUAGGAAGAAAAAUGCUGUGGGCUUCUUGGUUAGAGAAGAUGGAUCCAAAACCACUUCCAUCGGUGAGGUGGCCAACAUCUUUGUGGAUUAUUAUACCACACUGUUUGGUACCAGUUCUCGUGUUGAACCUGUUGAUCCAGAUAUUUUGGCUGCUGGCAGUUCUGUUCCCAUCUCUGCCCACUCAGCUCUCCUAGCUACUGUUACCCCUGAGGAAGGGCUGUUUAACUUCCACAAAGACUGUGCUAGCUUGGGCAUCACGCACCUGGCCUUUGCUGAUGAUCUCAUGCUGUUUUCUAGAGGUGAUCUCCAGUCUGUCCAAGUUUUUAUGGAUGCUUUGGACCAUUUCUCUAGAUUAUCUCGGCUGAUCCUUAACCCCACUAAAUCCAACAUCUUCCUCGCUGGAAAAUACAGGGACAAUAGCCAUGAUCUUUUGGCCCUUGCCUCCUUCCCUCGAGCGGAGAAGGAAUCCUUGUGGGUUAAAUGGGUUCAUAAUAUCUACAUUCGGGAUGAGGACAUCUGGAAUUGGCAACCCAAAAAGAGGCAUUCUGUCUUCCUCAAAAGGUUAGCCUACGUACGUGACCUUUUGGCCCAGAAGCUUGCUGUUUGCAACCCAAAUCUGGCAGUGGCUAUGCAGCCCUUUUGUUCGGCAGGUAACCUUAUUUCCGGGAAGGUUUAUGAGUUGUUUAGGGCAAAGGCCAACCACAAGCCUUGGAUGGCUUUUAUCUGGCAAAGCUUUAUUCCUCCUAAGUGCUCAUUUACGAUGUGGCUGGCACUUAGGAGGAGGCUGCCCACUAAAACUAACCUGGACUUCCUCGGACUGCCCAUUGAAUGCACGUUUUGUGGCAACGAGUUGGAAGAUGUGGACCACCUUAUCUUUAGUUGUGAGGUUUUUAAAGACGUUUGGAGGGCUGUCAAGACUUGGCUACGGAUGGAAGGGCAGUUGAGCACCCUGAAUAGAGCAAUCAGAUCCUUAAAAGCUUUUAGAAGAGGGGAUGUGAUCCUCAAGAAGGCUAGAAGGAUUGCUCUUGCUUGUACGGUCUUUCAUCUAUGGAAGCUUUGUAAUGCAGUUCACUUUGACCAAGAGCCUCUACGGGUUGAUGCUGUGGUCUUCAAAAUUAAGAUUGGUCUUCUACACUCCAAGGCGAGCCUUUCCAUCCUGAAUUCCAGCUGCGUUGUUCAAGAUUUGGGAGUCAACGAACUACCUACGAUGGCGAAGAGCAAGAAGAAGGAGCGAAGACCCCCACCUCCCACUCCUCCAAACAAGAAAGAGUUGCGUACCUUUCUUCGUGAUUUGGAGGGUGAGUCUAGGGCUGGAGGUGACAAUGUGGAUUGUGCUGAGAAUGUGGAUAACUUUCCGGUCAUGACUGAGGAGGAUUUUCUUCCUUGCACUAAACCUGGUGAGGUCACGGUUGAAGAUGAUGAUGGCUCUGACUCCCAGACUCCUUCUCUGGAAGAGGAAAGGAUUGAGCAAGAACUGCAGAAGGAUAGGCCUGGAAAUGGUGAUACUCCAGUACCUAAUGCUGAACCUACUGAACCUAUUGAGAAAGAGGACAGUGGAAAGGAAAUUGGAAACAAUGAUGGCAAUGUACCUGGUAAUAAAGUGGACACACUAGUAGAGAAGAAGAGCUUUGCAUCACUCUUUGAGAAGAACAUGUCUGAGGAUAAAGGAAUGAAACUCCACCAGGUGGAAAUGACUGAGGAGGAGGAGGUGUUUAUCCAACCUGAGGACAUAACCCCAAUGGAGGAGUUAUGGGGACCUUGCGUAGUUGGAUGCUUCACUGGAAGAUUCCCUGGGCUGGCACCUAUUCAAACCUUAGUGGAGUUCUGGAAGGUACCUAGCCAAUUCCUUCCUCAUCAUAAAGGUUGGGUUGUCUUCAAGUUCCUGAACAAUGAAGAUAGAGACUCAGUCUUGCAUAGAGAUGACCAUAGAAUCAACAACAAGAAGCUACUACUCAACAUCCCACAGGAUGGAUUCAUGUGGAAUGCAAAAUCUUUCUCUACCAUGCCAUUUUGGGUGAAACUCAUGGAUGUCCCUAUGCAGUUUUGGGGAUCUAACAGCUUGUCAAAGAUUGCUUCAAAACUUGGAAGCCCACUCUUCACAGAUGGUCUGACUAACAAGGUUGCAUCCAAACUUACUGUGGAGAAGGACCCAGAGGACAAACUGGCCUACAAGAAACCCAAUUUCUGUAGAGUCCUCAUUCAUAUGGACCUCUCCAAACCUCCCCCUUCCUGUGUGAAGGUCAAUUAUAUGUUGGAGGCAGCUAUUCACAAUUUGUGGAGUAUGAGGAUCUCCCCCUCUACUGCUAUCACUAAAACCUUUCACAUUACAUUUGUUUUUGCCUUAUACAAUGUGAGUGUGAGAAGGAACCUCUCGGACAAACUUUCUGAUAUUGCUGGCAGAAUCAACACACCCUCGGCUAUUAUGGGGGAUUUCAAUGCUGUUUUGGAUUCUAGUGAGAGGAUUAACUGUCAUACCUAUGCUUAUGAUAUGACUGACCUCUUACAGUUUAGAAUCAAUAAUGAUCUUCUUGAUGCUAAGGCUACUGGUUUGGGAUACCAGGCCCCUGGUACUAGACAACUCAGAUUAUGCAGAAAACUCAAAUUGUUGAAACACCCUUUGAAACAACUCAAUAAAAAGGAGUUUGGCCACAUUUCUACCAGAGCUGAGAAUGCAAGAAGCACCUACUCUGAAUUGAUGACCAGGCUUAUGACUGAUCCACAUAACUCUGCCCUAAUUGAGCAAGCUGCCAGCCUUAGGAAAAAGGCAACCUUUUACAGUGAUGCUGAGAGAUCCUUUUUCUUACAGAAGGUGAAAUGCACUUUUAUCAAUGAGGGUGACAAAUGCACUAAGUUCUUCCAUGCUACGAUGAAGAAACAGAAAGUGCUGAGUUCCAUCCCCUUCAUUAUCACAAGCCAAGGUUCUACCACAACCUCUUCUGAAACCAUUGUUGAGGACUUUAUUGACCACUAUAGCAACAUUUUUGAUGAUGUGAUGAUGUUUUGCAGGGGGAACAAGGAUUUUGUUACUGUCCUGGCCAACACUAUUCAGAAUUUCUCUCAAGUAUCUGGCCUGUAUGUUAGCCCCCUCAAAUCCAACAUCUUUUUGGCUGGGGAAAUCAAGGACAGCAAGUCUGAUCUCUUGUCCUUGGUUUCUUUCCCUGAGGGGAAACUCCCUGUCAGAUACUUGGGACUUCCUUUGACUUCUCAAAGAGAUUCAGAGAGAGACUUUGCCCCCCUUAUUGCCAAAGUGGAUGAGAAUAUAAGGAAAUGGAACACUAAGUCUCUAUCUUCUGCUGGCAGUCUGGAAUUGAUCAGAAGUGUUAUUCAAGGAAUUGAGGGUUUCUGGUUUCAGGCUUUCCCCAUUCACAAAUCUGUUUUGGAUAGAAUAACUACCCUCUGCAGAGCUUUCUUGUGGGGAUGUAAAUUCUGCAAAGUGGCCUGGGAUGACAUCUGUAAACCCAAAGAAGAAGGGGGUUUGGGACUUAGAAACUCAACCAUUUGGAACCGUGCACUCCUCGCUAAAUGCUUCUGGAACAUUGCAGCAAAUAAGGAAACUUUAUGGAUACAAUGGGUGCAUUCUAUCUACCUCCAGGGCAGUGAUUUCUGGACCUAGAAUCCUUGCAAAAAGGAUUCAUACUUCUUCAAGAAGAUUGUUGAGAUUAGGGACUCUCUUUUGCAAAAGUGUGGUGACAGAUUCAUGAUUGAAGACAAUCUUUGUGAUAUGGGGGAUAUUAAGGCCACCAAGCGGGUAGUCUCGCCUGACUUGGGGUCGCAAUCAAAGAGCCAAAACCGGCAGCUUCAUAGGAUUCCGACGCCACAAUGAAGCCAAGCAAGGCUGGCAACUAUGCACACCUCGCACAUCCACCGCACACCAAGACAUCAACAAAAUCAAGAAAAACAUUUUCGGCCAACCACGCCCAAGGAAGGGCCCAGGAGGCCAGGAUCUAUUCCCACUCCACACACGAGAGGGGAGACAUAA